UUUCUUUUCUGUUUCUUGUUUGUCCUGUCUCUCUCCCUGUCGGCUCUCUCUCACAUCUCUCUUCUCUCCCUCUUCUCUGCACCGCACGCAUGCACCCAUCUCCCUGCGCGAGGAAGUCCAUCGUCAUCACCAUCUCGUCCUUCUCUCUCCCUUUGUCCCGUGCUGCGAACCUAGAAACCCGGAAAGGAACUCCGGCGAGUUUCUAUUUUUUCCGGUUAGGACGAAUUCAAGCCGGGUGUAAGCACACCCAACUCCGGCGACCUCGGGGGUUUUUUCGGCCAUCUCCGGCCGUUCUACGACGAAAGGAAGGUGCAAUUAUUAACAGUGAUUCCGUUAUACCUUUUUGGUAUAGCUUUGCACCAUCAGUGUACGGAAUAACAACGUUCAAGCCCUUUCCAUACACGGAAUUUUCUACGAAGAACAAUGUUCAAGCCCUUUCCAUACAUUGAAUUUUCUACAUAGACUUGUUCAUACAGAGGAAGAACAACGUUCAAGCCCUUUCCAUACAUUGAAUUUUCUGCAGACUUGUUCAUACAGAGGAAGAACAACGUUCAAGCUCUUUACAUACAUCGAAUUUUCUACAAAGACUUUGUCCAUAUGUGAAGGGUUGAAUAAUUGACUUAGUUGACUUGAAAUGAUCACCACAAAAAGGGCAUAUAGGUUGAGCUCCAGUAACAUCCAUACGCUGACACCAUCAGCGAAAACCAAUCUCUCUCGGGCGAUCAAACCAUUGUCUCUGCAGGUGGGAUGUUUGAGCUAGGUUUCUUCAAACCAGGUCAGCUUUCAAACUACUAUAUAGGCAUAUGGU